GCAGCCACUUACAGCGCCGAGAGAUGGAGGAUCAUGAAGUGGACGAGGAGAGCGUCUGGAGCAACUUUGACAAGAGCGUCGCAUACAUGAAGGAGGUGGCGUCGCUGUACGAGUCGGCGUUCGGCUGCAAGGCGGAUGGUCCGUCUUCUACCAAUAGGAAGACCGUCACGAAGGCACAUCUGGACGAAGCACAAAACCAAGCGCAGCAGGCGCUCGAACUGCUAGCGUCCAACCUGCUAAACGCAUCCACCACGAUCGUCAACUCUAUUGAAAAGCAGGAGAGCGAGGCGGACCGACUGAAGCACAAGGUGUCGGCCAUCAGGCAGACCAUCCGCGAUCGUCAGGUGGCGCUGGAUCAAGAAGCUAUCAGCAAGUUCUACUCGUCACACAAGGCCAACCAGAUAAGAAUGCCAAUGCCGACGUCGUCAGCUCGAAGCACAAGCAUGAAACAGCAGCGUACGCUUUCGUCCGUUACAAUAGUUCUAACUGACUUAACCUAACAUGGCGUAUCUUCAUGCUGGUGCAGAAUACUUGAAGCUGGCCCUCGCCCCGAAGCAGGACAUACAAUAAAAAUCCAGUAUUCAUUUUAUCUAUCCUACUAUUUCAUUCCAUCCUCAUGAUACCGCGCC